AUCGAUUUGUAGCCUUAACCGGUCACCUUCGAGCGUAGUCAUAACAACCACUACAGCUCUAUACAACCAUGCGCGAAAUUCAAGAUGAUUCGAGGCGAUUUCUCCUUCCCUGUAUACACACACACACACAUACAGAUAUAUAUACAUACACUCCACUCGGGAGCGGUGUAUAAAACACUCUUCAACGUCGCACGAUAGCAAAAAAUGUCUCGUUCUCUCAUACCUUCAUUGAUGGAUAUGUGGAACAUAUGCGACUACCCCCAACGAAUAGUCGAUCAACACUACCGUUUAGGAGGGACUGACGAUGAUUUUUUCCCUUCGAUGCGUUAUAGGGAACAUCUCAGACCACGUCACCAUAGCAUCCCUCAAGAUUCUAGAUCGGGAGUAUCGGAAGUGGUCAAUACUCGCAACAAGUUCCGGGUCAUGACUGACGUCAGUCACUUUUCUCCCGAAGAGAUCACUGUCAAGACCGUGGAUAAUUAUGUUGUAGUUCACGGAAAACACGAAGAAAAGAUGGAUCAACAUGGAUUCGUCUCCAGAGAAUUUACUCGAAGAUAUGCCAUACCAGAAGACGUGGAUCCCGAAAAGGUAUCGUCAUUUCUCAGCUCCGAUGGUGUCUUAACCGUAGAAGCACCCAAAAAAAAUCAAGAAUUGCCAGCUAACGAGAGAAUAAUUCCUAUAACCGUGCAAAAGGGUCCACCGAUUGAGGAGAAGGAAGAACAAGAGGCACCCAAACAAUAGUAUUGUUUUCAGUUAAAUUAUUUAUUAAUUAAUGUACGAGUAAUUUUGUUUCGUAAUAUUAUAAAUUCUAUGUUUACAAUUAGUUCUUAAAAUAUAUUAUAACUUUAUCUGCAUAUGUUGUAUUAUUUAAAUCAUUAAAGUUGAUGAGUUUGUUGAUGUCUUCAUUUCGUAUCCUAUGUUACAAUGAUAAUGCAUUGCUACAUAACCCGUAACUACGAGCAAUCUGCUUCCUUCACUAAGAAGGCCUUUAAUAAAAGACGUCAGUAAACCCCUAUAUAACGUCUAUACACAACAUUUAAUACGAAUAUAUCACUAACGAGAAACGAAAUUUUAAUAUUGCUAUCAACUAAACUCUUUCGAUUCUUUUAAUUGGUCGGGUUUACCCUCACCAACGCUGGCAAGUGGAGU